CAUACUCUUACUCACACUCUCUCUCUCUCUGUUUCUCUCACACAACAUUUCUGUGUUUCAGUCGUCGAAUCUUCUCUUUAUAUACACAGGUAGAAGAUAUAAAACUAAGUUCUUACUUAUAUAUUGGAUUUUUCCCCUCUUCAAGACGACAUUUUUUGUGAGACUUUCCACUUUUUGAAAAUACCAUUUUCUUCAUUUGGUAAAAAAGGGAAUAUAUAACAUACACAGCCAUUAUAUAUACAAAUAUCUCUGGUGAUUAGGCAGAGAGCUGAGGACGGCCAUUGGAUACUUCUCUCAUACAUGAGCUCAUAGUGGUCUCACUUCAACGAACAAAAUGACAUCGGGUGCACAACCAACAGCUGCAGAAUUCAAGAUGAAUAAGCUGCAAGAAGGGCUGCAACAGCAACGGAAAAUUGUAGAGCAGCUGCGUCUGGAAGCUGCCAUUAACCGGAUGCGAGUGUCCGAGUGCAUAGAGGAUAUCAAGAAAUUCACGGACACGCGUCUAGAGGAGGAUUAUUUAAUUAAAGGCUUCCCUCGACCUGGUGACAACCCGUUUAAAGAGAAAGGCAGCUGUACAAUAUUGUAAGGGUGACCAUCUAGUGU